AUGUUAAAACAGCUCAUCUCAGUUUGCCAGCAUUCAGGACGGUGACUUGGUAAAUCACACAGUUACUGUACGAAUUGACAAAUCUGUGAUUGUGAAGGACUCGUUCGCUAUGGAUUCUUACUAUAAUCAGUCUUCAGACAACCCUCAUCACGAGUGGUCAUCGGUUGUUCUGACUUUGGACCCAGAUGUGGACGAACAAGAACUGAUUGAGUCAAUGAAACAGUUCAGCCAAAUCCACUCUUUGGAUUUUUCUUUUGAUGAAGACACUAAUUGCAGACACAUUUAUGUGACUUUUGAGCAUUCAGGACGGGACCAGCAACCAGAUCCUGUGGUCCCCACGAGCCGCUUUAUUGAGCUGAAGACACUGCUCGUGAGCAAUCUGCACCCAAUGGUCACCGAACAACAGCUUAUUGAAAAGUUUGGUGCAUUGGGGUCCAUCUCGACUGUGCAAGUGUGCAGAAACAACAUCAUCUCUCCUGCUUAUGCCUUUGUGACUUUCCAUCAUCGACGUGAUGCAGUGCGAGCACAAAAAGCUCUGAACUUCACUGAUUUACUGAAUAAACCUCUGAUCAUCAUGUGGGGCCCAGACAAGACAAUUGAGGUCCUCUCAGAUAAUGACAGCAGCUCUCCAAGACAAACAGAGGAGAGAGAGACAGCUGGAGAAACAGAGGAGAGAAAGACCAGUGAAGAAACAGAGAGAGAGGCCGCUGGAGAUACAGAGGAGAGAAAGACCAGUGGAGAAACAGAGAGAGAGGCCGCUGGAGAUACAGAGGAGAGAAAGACCAGUAAAGAAACAGAGAGAGAGGCCGCUGGAGACACAGAGGAGAGAGCGAACAGCGAGUCUUCAUGGGGAAGAAGGAUCUCCAACAAUGUGAAAAGUGCUGUGAAAGCUGCCGUGAGCAGUCCAGCAGCCUGGGUCGGAGUCGGCAUAGGUGUCUGUGCUGCUUAUGCCUACUUCAGGAGCAGGAGCUAGUGUGGACACAUUCUAAAAGACGAGAAGGCCUGCCUCACGAUCUCCACUCAUCAUCCCCAGAGUGACCAAUCACUGCUCCAGAAAGAACUUGAUUUCCCCAGCAGGCCAAACACUUGCAAUAAAUGUGAAUUGAAUAAA